AUGGUGCCCAAGCGGCACCCGUCCAGUUUCAGUUGCAGACGAUCGGGGCAUCCCAUCUCUGCGUCCGGGAUGUAUCCAUUGAAAUCAUUGCAAGUGCUUCCUGUGGGGCGCGUCGUCAGAUCGUCAAAACGGAUGGUCGGGGGCAAGCGACUGCGGCGCUGCUCCGAGGCGCGUACUCCGUGCACGUUCUCUCCAAGCUGCCGACAAGAGGUAUCACGUCCAAGUACGUGCCUCUGCAGGUCGCGACCGACGGAAAGGAGACUCCUCUUGUAA